CCCCCUCACGACCCUAGCUGAGCUCAUCACUGGGUCCCUGUCCCUACAUAUUUAAACUGCAUUUUCAUCUCAUGGCUAGAAGACACUUAGUGCUCUGACGGGUGGAGAGAGCCAGCACAGGAGGGAAGAGGAAAGCAGAAGCCGCGUGCGUGGCUGAGAGUGGAUGCCACCAGGUUCCAGGUCUGGCAUCCUUGAAGUGAACCUGAGACAGAGUAGAGGAGGAAGAGGAAGAGAAAGGACUGAAAGCAAGCAGACUGGUCGGCACGAAAGCUAGCUGAGGAGGCUUGGCUGGCACUCGAUCUCCUGAAGCAGCUCAAGAAGCCACCAGUCCAUUCUCAGCAUGACAGUUCAUCUACUGAGACACCUAUGAGAAAAGUUGCUGCCCUCAUCUAACUAACAGUGAGGAAUGAUCUGGAGUUGGCACGUCUCAUCACUAGAGCAGCUCCUAGGGGCCCUCUCUGUGCCAGAGUGGUAUUGCCAGAUUUGGCAUCUGUUUCUUUGGGACUGAAUCUUCUUCUGUUCUGAAGCCCCCAGGAGAAGUCACCCAUCCCUCCUUUGGAGCAAGAGAGUGAGAGCAGCAGUGAAUCAUACCAUGCCCCAGAAAUUGAGAUUGGAAUGAAUAGAUGCCACCAGAUGAUCUGCACCAGUUGAUAUCCAAGACCAAUUACUCAAACGCCAAAGAACCAAUCCUUCUCCUGAGCCUGUCUCAUACAACUCCAGCCCCAGCAGUAUCCAUCUUCUUAACUCCUUUUUUUGAGGUCCAGAGAGUGUUCCUCAUUCAGGGACAAAGCCUCUGAUCACUAAGGCUUACACUCAUUGGGCCAGAUACUCUGAAGUUACAAUGGAAGACCACAUGUUUAGUGUUCAACAAAUUCAACCCAAUGUCAUUUCUGUAAGGCUGUUCAAACGCAAAGUGGGAGGCUUGGGAUUCCUCGUGAAAGAACGGGUUAGCAAGCCUCCAGUGAUUAUAUCUGACCUGAUCCGGGGUGGGGCAGCUGAACAGAGUGGUCUUAUCCAGGCAGGAGAUAUCAUCCUUGCAGUCAAUGGCCGGCCCUUGGUGGACAUGAGCUAUGAUGGUGCCCUGGAGGUUCUGAGAAGCAUUGCCUCAGAGACUCAUGUGGUCCUCAUCCUGAGGGGCCCAGAGGGCUUCACUACACACUUGGAGACUACAUUCACUGGUGAUGGGACACCCAAGACCGUCCGGGUGACCCGGCCCCUAGGCCCAGCCACCAAAACAGUGGACCUGUCCCACCACACCGUGCCCAGCAAAGAUCAGCCCCCAGGGCCAGACAGCGCUGUGGCCCUUUGGAACGUGCCUCAGCACCCCAGGAAAAAUGGUCAAGACAAUUCCCUGGCACAAACCAAUGGCAUGGUACCUGACCAGAAGGGUGAGGAGCCCACAAAGAAAAGUGCCCUGGCUGGCCUGCAUGGUGGUGGGGAGAGCAAUGACCUUCUCCAAGAGAUCCAGCCAGUGCUGAACCUGCUUACCAGUGGCAAGAAGGAAAUCAAUGGAGGGCGGCCACACAAGGCAGAGACAAGAGAUGCAGAAGUCCAGGCAGACAGAGACUUGGAAGGAAAGUCCCACAAGCUUCUGCCGCUUGGGAUGGAGAAUGAUCGUGUCUUCAAUGAUUUGUGGGGGAAGAACAACGUGCCCGUUGUCUUGAACAACCCAUAUUCAGAAAAGGAACAGCCCCCAACCUCGGGAAGACAGUCACCCACCAAGAAUGGCAGUCCUACCAAAUGUCCUCGCUUUCUCAAAGUCAAGAACUGGGAAACAGAUGUGGUCCUCAAUGACACGCUCCACCUCAAGAGCACCUUGAACACAGCUUGCACUGGGCAGAUUUGCAUGGGUUCUAUCAUGUUCCCCUCCCAACAUAUACGGAAGCCUGAGGAUAUCCGGACAAAAGAACAACUCUUUCCCUUGGCCAAAGAGUUCAUUGAUCAAUACUAUUCAUCUAUAAAGAGAUUUGGCUCCAAAGCCCACACAGAUAGACUGGAAGAAGUGAACAGGGAGAUAGAAACCACCAGCACCUACCAGCUGAAGGACACAGAGCUGAUCUAUGGAGCUAAACAUGCCUGGAGAAAUGCUUCUCGCUGUGUGGGCAGGAUCCAGUGGUCCAAGCUGCAGGUGUUUGAUGCACGAGACUGUACCACAGCCCACGGGAUGUUUAACUACAUUUGCAAUCAUGUCAAGUAUGCAACAAAUAAAGGGAACCUCAGGUCAGCUAUCACCAUAUUUCCCCAGCGGACAGAUGGCAAGCAUGACUUCAGAGUCUGGAACUCACAGCUCAUCAGAUACGCAGGCUAUAAGCAGCCUGAUGGCAGCAUCUUAGGAGACCCUGCCAAUGUGGAGUUCACAGAUAUCUGCAUUCAGCAAGGCUGGAAGCCUCCAAGAGGGCGUUUCGAUGUCCUGCCGCUCCUGCUCCAGGCGAAUGGCAAUGACCCAGAGCUAUUCCAGAUUCCUCCAGAGCUGGUUUUGGAAGUGCCCAUCAGACAUCCCAAGUUCACAUGGUUCAAGGAGCUGGGGCUGAAGUGGUAUGGUCUGCCAGCCGUAUCCAGCAUGCUCCUGGAGAUCGGAGGUCUUGAGUUCAGUGCUUGCCCAUUCAGCGGCUGGUAUAUGGGCACCGAGAUUGGAGUCCGUGAUUACUGUGAUAACUCGCGAUACAACAUUCUUGAGGAAGUGGCCAAAAAGAUGAAUUUGGACAUGAGGAAAACUUCCUCCCUGUGGAAGGACCAAGCCUUGGUGGAGAUCAACAUUGCUGUGCUUUACAGUUUCCAGUCACACAAAGUGACAAUUGUUGACCACCACUCGGCUACUGAGUCCUUCAUCAAGCACAUGGAGAAUGAGUACCGCUGCCGAGGGGGAUGUCCAGCUGACUGGGUCUGGAGUCCACCCAUGUCCGGCAGCAUCACACCUGUCUUCCACCAGGAGAUGCUCAAUUAUCGGCUCACACCUUCCUUCGAGUACCAGCCGGAUCCAUGGAACACCCAUGUCUGGAAAGGUACUAAUGGGACCCCCACAAAAAGGAGAGCCAUUGGCUUCAAGAAGUUGGCAGAAGCUGUCAAGUUCUCAGCUAAACUGAUGGGGCAGGCCAUGGCAAAAAGAGUCAAAGCCACCAUCCUCUAUGCCACUGAGACAGGCAAAUCCCAGGCCUAUGCAAAAACCUUAUGUGAAAUCUUCAAACAUGCCUUCGAUGCCAAGGUCAUGUCCAUGGAAGAAUAUGAUAUUGUACACCUAGAACAUGAGACACUGGUCUUGGUGGUAACUAGCACCUUUGGCAAUGGAGACCCUCCAGAGAAUGGCGAGAAAUUUGGCUGUGCUUUGAUGGAGAUGAGGCACCCCAACUCCAUGCAGGAGGAAAGGAAGAGUUACAAGGUCCGUUUCAAUAGCGUCUCCUCAUACUCUGAUGCCCGGAAAUCUUCAAGCGAUGGGCCUGACAUGAGAGACAACUUUGAAAGCGCCGGGCCCCUGGCCAAUGUGAGAUUCUCAGUGUUUGGCCUUGGAUCGAGGGCAUACCCCCACUUCUGUGCCUUUGGCCAUGCAGUGGACACCCUCCUAGAAGAACUUGGAGGGGAACGCAUCCUAAAGAUGAGGGAAGGGGAUGAACUCUGUGGUCAGGAAGAAGCCUUCAGAACCUGGGCCAAGAAGGUCUUCAAGGCUGCCUGUGAUGUGUUCUGCGUGGGGGAUGAUGUCAACAUCGAGAAGGCCAACAACUCCCUCAUUAGCAAUGACCGCAGCUGGAAGAGGAAUAAGUUCCGGCUGACCUACGUGGCUGAAGCUCCAGAGCUCACCCAAGGUCUGUACAGCAUUCACAAAAAGCGAGUAUCUGCUGCCCGGCUCCUCAGCCGCCAGAACCUUCAGAGCCCUAACUCCAGUCGAUCAACCAUCUUUGUGCGUCUCCACACCAAUGGGAACCAAGAGCUGCAGUACCAGCCUGGGGACCAUCUGGGUGUGUUCCCUGGCAACCACGAGGACAUGGUGAAUGCCCUGAUCGAUCGACUCGAGGAUGCCCCUCCCACCAACCAACUGGUGAAAGUGGAGCUUCUGGAGGAGAGGAAUACAGCUUUGGGCGUCAUCAGUAACUGGACGGAUGAGCACCGGAUCCCGCCCUGCACCAUCUUCCAGGCUUUUAAGUACUACCUGGACAUCACUACGCCCCCAACGCCCGUGCAGCUGCAGCAGUUUGCCUCGUUGGCCACCAAUGAGAAGGAGAAACAGCGGCUGCUGGUCCUCAGCAAGGGCUUACAGGAGUAUGAGGAGUGGAAAUGGGGCAAGAACCCCACGAUCGUGGAGGCUUUGGAGGAAUUUCCGUCGGUGCAGAUGCCGUCCACUCUCCUGCUGACACAGCUGUCCCUGCUGCAGCCCCGCUACUACUCCAUCAGCUCCUCCCCGGACAUGUACCCUGAUGAAGUGCACCUGACCGUGGCCGUCGUGUCCUACCGCACCCGAGAUGGGGAAGGACCAAUCCACCACGGGGUCUGCUCUUCCUGGCUCAACCGAAUACAACCUGAGGAGGUGGUGCCCUGUUUUGUCCGAGGAGCACCGAGCUUCCACUUGCCCCGGGAUCCCCAGGUACCCUGUAUCCUGGUUGGCCCAGGCACUGGAAUAGCGCCUUUCCGGAGCUUCUGGCAGCAAAGGCUAUUCGAUAUCCAACACAAAGGCAUGUCUCCAUGUCCCAUGGUCCUGGUCUUUGGAUGUCGACAGUCCAAGAUUGACCACAUCUACAAGGAGGAAACCCUACAGGCCAAGAACAAAGGGGUCUUCAGAGAGCUGUACACGGCCUAUUCCCGUGAGCCAGACAAACCAAAGAAAUAUGUACAGGAUGCCUUACAGGAACAGCUGGCAGAGACCGUGUACAGAGCCCUGAAGGAGAAAGGGGGCCACAUUUACGUGUGUGGGGAUGUCACGAUGGCAGCCGAUGUCCUGAAAGCCAUCCAGCGCAUCAUGAUCCAGCAGGGGAGGCUCUCAGCAGAAGAGGCUGGGGUGUUCAUUAGCAAACUGAGGGAUGACAACCGCUACCAUGAAGAUAUAUUUGGAGUCACCCUGCGCACGUACGAAGUGACCAACCGCCUUAGAUCUGAGUCCAUUGCCUUCAUUGAAGAGAGCAAGAAGGACACUGAUGAGGUGUUCAGCUCCUAACCAGGUCCCUUCUGCCCCAUUCGGAUGGAUGCCAGGCUGGGAUGCCUGCCCCCAGGCCUUCUCCAGGUGGAAGGUCCUAGGUUUGGGAAAGAUGGACUCUGCUGACUCUUUCUUAUGGGACUCCCGUGAAAUGCGCGCUCCCUCUUGUCCUGUUGUUGCAUCGUGGUUUUUGGGUUCGUUUUUCUUCUUUUUAGACUUCCCAUGGGGCUUCCCUUGGCCCCCUUUGUUUCCUCUUUGAACUUUUCUGCUGCAAUGCAAUGGCUUCUUCUCCGCAGCAGCUCUUAUGAAAUGAUUUUUCUUCUCACCCUCUUUCUCUCUCUCUAUUCCAAGGGCAUACCACAGCUGCAUGAAAUCACCAGAUCACUCCCAUUUGGCAUUUCCAUGUUGGUUUUCUGGGGUUUCUUUGGAAAGGCAGCAGGGACUGGGGAGGAGAGAUUAGCUGUGGGUUUCUUCCUAUGGAUGGUCUCCAGCACCUAACGUCACACACCAUCCUUUUUUAAAAGUUAUUGUCAUUUUUUGGUGUGCGUGUGCACGCACGUGUGUGUAUGUGUAUGUGUGAGGGGCAUGGGUCCUCAUCUGUUCUCCUCUUGCCUGUGCAAGCCUGUUGCCUGCAGACCUUUGGUGCAGAGAAAUUGUUUUCCCUUGGCACAUGCUGACCCUUUCUGUGUUCCCACUCAACAAAGCUGGCGCCAUUUUCUAUGAACCACUUGGGAGCCCCUGGAUUGUACGACAUUGGCAUUCAAGUGGUCAGGGUGGCUGUGAUGACUGGAGAUGAUUUGUCCCCCACUUGGGAUUGAAAUCAAUUAGUAUAUAAGCCACCAAGGAACAAAUCCAUCUCAUGAAUUCCAUAUACCAUGCUCUUGCUCCCACUUCUCUGUCCCCUGACACAUCAUCUAGUUAUGUCCCUCAAACCUUUUCCCAGGUCUGUCUGCUACACUGCUCCUGGUCCAGGUUCUGCCACUAUUUGGCACUGAGCAAGUCACUCCAUUUCCCUGGGUCUCAAUUUCUUUCUCUGUAAAAUGGAUGAGAAUCUGUAAGGAAUAAGCUCCUCCUCCCGCCUCCCCCCAAAAAAAAGUUGUCUGAAAGUAGAACAGACUUCCUCUCCAGUAGAGUCCUUCAAGCAGAUUUGGAUGGCCUGACAGGCAGCCAACAAGCAUUUAUAAGCACCUACUAUGUGCCAGAAAUGAUGCUAUGUACUGGAAGUACAAAGAAGGGCAAAACCAAUCCCUGCCGUAACUUGGUACAAAUAAGGUAUAGACAGAGUCCAUGGAAAGCCACUCAUCAGUGAUGUUGUAGAGUAAAGUUAACAAGCAUCUAUUAAGCACCUCCUGUGUGUCAGGCACUGUGCUAAGUGUUGGGCAUACAGUGAAAGAAACAAACCCACAAUUCCUGCUCUCAAGGAACUCACAGUCUAAUGGGAAUGCAUUCCAAAGGCUGGGGAUGGCCAAGGCAACUUCUAAAUUUCUUACAACUCAAGAGUGUGUAAAAGAGGAGAAAUGAAAAGUCUCUAAGCUGCCUUCUGAGCCUAAAAGUCUGUGAUCCACUUGAAGCUGGCCAAAAGCAGCAGUCUGGGAAUCACAAGCCCUACAUUGACCUUGCUGUGUGAUGUUGGGGAAGUCUCCUUGCCUCCACAUGCCUCUGAUUUUCUCAGCUAUUUUUUUUUUUGAGAGAGAGGGAAAGAAGACUUUGCUUCCUCAGCUUGGAGACAGUAUAAAGGUUGUUUCUUGAGCGCUACAUUAUGUCAACACUUAACACCGUUAGUUGGUUUCUGGCUCCAGUGGUAGACUUGCCCUCUCCCCCUGAGAUAUGAAACCUGAAAGGAUAGUUACAAGAGGGGCAGAAUAAAGACACAAGGUGUACCCAUGUACCCUCGACAAUAGGAGACAGCAGUGGACUGUGGUAGUUCAAAAAGUACAGGAGAUGCUGCGUUACACUAAUGGAAUAAAGAAGGUUUUAGUCCUGUUGUCUGUCCUCUGCUGCCCUGAUCAGACCAUAUUUGGAGGACUUGUCCAGAGGAGGAUGACCAGAACAGUGAAGGGUCACCAGGUCACGCCAUCCAAGCUCAAUGGGGGACCUGGGGAUGUUUAGAAUCUAGAAGAAAAGAUUUAGGACAGUGUGCAUAACUGCUGAGUGGAAGAGGAUUCAACUUGGAACUAGAAAAAAUAGAUGGAAGCAGCAGAGGUAGAUUUUGACACAGGGACAGUGAGAUGUAGCCAAAGGUGGUAUGCCUUCACUGAAUGUCUUCAAGCAAAGGCCAGAGGACCCCUUGGUAUGGUUAUUGUUGAGGGAAUUCAGGGUUACGUUGGACCAGAUGCCCACUGAGGUGCCUUCCAGCUCUGAGAUUCUGUGAUCUUGCGCAGAGGAAGAGAUUCAGGGAUAGAUGUGUUCACUUCAACAGUCUGACCCUAUAGAACAGAGGUUCUUCACCUUUCUUCCAAGACUUCUGACAAUUUGUUGAAACCUAUGGACCUCUCAGAAUCAUAUUCUUAAAUGCAUUAAAUAAUAGAUAUAGGAUUACAUACAGGAAACCAAGUAUAUUGAAAUACAGUUAUCAAAAUAUUUUUAAAAGCAAAGUUCAAGGUCUCUAGGUUAAGAAUCCAUGCCUUAAAAAGAUGAAUAAUUUAAUUAGAUGCUUUUGACAUAAUUCCCUUCUCUUGAUCCAGAUUUUAAAAGUCCUUUCUAAAAACUUUUGCCGCCCUACCUAAUGGAAAGCAAAUCUUCUCCCAUUCAUGAUAAUCCUGACCUCUCCCUGGCUAGGCCCCUUAGUGUAAUUGCCUCCCCAAGAAAGAACUAGUAAAGUUUCUGCCUAUUUGUAGGUGCUAAUCAAUGUUGGGUGGCAUCUGAAAAAAACAAUGGUCUCCCAGGUGAUGAAGCCUCAGAGGGCCUGCUUUAACCCUACAGGAUAAGAGAGAGGCCUCAGUUUCCCAUCCAUGCCCUAGCCCUUGGUUUUCUUUAUUAUUUUGGAUGGGCAACAUUUCUUAUAUAGAGCACCCUCUGACUGAGCUUGGAGACCUGGCAAAGAGAAAACACUCGGGCCCCCUUGGCCAGAGUUAACAUAGCUGUGAGGCCAGAUAAUCUCUAAGAACCAAUCUCAUGGAAGCUAGGAGUGCAAAGGGACCUUCCAAUGAGCAAGCCCGCCCAGGAUAGAUGGUUGUCCUUCUCCUUCCCUAAGACCUGUAAGGAAGAUGGCAUCACACAUGGUUCGUGCUACUGUUCUAUCCCACGGUGGUCAGCAAAAUCUUCCUCAUGUCCAGUCACAAUCCCAAAGCAGUGGAGAGAGGUCCAGAUUUAGGAUUAAGAAGACCUGCAUUCUAAUGCUGCCUCAAACACAUCCUAGCUGUGUCACCCUUGGUAAGCCGCUUUCGGAUCCCAUUUCUUCACUUCUAAAAUGAGGCUAAUAAUAUUACAUGCUACACAUGGUUGUCCUAAAGAUCAAAUGAAAAAAUAUCUCUAAGAUGCUUUGCAACUAUAACAAGCUAUGUAAAUGUUAGCAAUGAUAAUUCGCUCUCCUUUUUUUCUUUAAGCCAGUUUUCUCUUAUUUAAUCAAGAGAAUGGCUCCAGCAUCCUCCUUAUAAAAGCCCCUUCAAUGAGUUGAAGAUGGUCACUGAGUCAUCCCUUCACCUUCUUCAAUUAAAAUAACUCUGGCUCCUCUCAUGGCUCCUCCCAAGGCCUUUUUUUCAGUCCUUCUGAGCCUUCUGAGUCACAUCUCCUAAGAUAUCACUAGCUCCCCAGAGCUGCUGCUGCUGCCUCUGCCCUCCCUCUUCCCUUCCCCUCUGACAUAGACUGUCCUCUCUGAUUUCCAUUCCCAACUAAGCUUCACGUUUUCACAAAUGCCCCAAUCUUUGAUAAAUAUCAUUCGUAAGGAGGAUUGUGACUGCAGCCACUCAUUCUAAACUGGGACUCAGAAAACGAAAGAGUCAAAUGGAGAAACCACAAUGUGUCUCUAGAAAUGGGUGUCAUCCUAAACUCAGUCCCUGGCCCCCAACACAAGCUUCUUUAUAGCCACCCGAGACUAGCUAUCAGGUAGGAGAUUAAUCAGGUGAGAUCCUCAAUUUCCAAGUACUCCUUAACCUUGAAAAAUCUUAAAACAGCUUUAUCCUCAAACCAGAAUCCUUCUGUGUGUCAUAGGGUCAUAGGAUUAUGGUUUUACAACUGGAAAAGGCCUUAGAGGUGAUGCAGUCCAAGCCCAUACAUCCCUCAAAGAGACAAAGCAGCAGGCCCCAGACAGAAUGAGAAUAUGGUCUGCUGAAGAGCAGCCCCUUAGAUCUAGAGCUUUCAGUGAUGCUGGAGGCCAGGCUCAUUUUACAGAUGAGGAAACUGAGGCAGGAGGUACUUAAGUGACUUCCUCAAGCUUACACAGGUAGUGUCAGAGGUUGGGUAUGAAUCCACAUCAUCUGAUUCCAAUUCCAGUGAUCUUUCCAUUGCCCCAUGAUUUCCUGGGCAGAUCCCUUGUGAAAGAAAGAGAACCAGAUCCUUUGACCUUCUUCAUCCCAGGACAGUGGCCCAAGCAUGGAUGGGUUAAGAUCUGCAUUGUUGGAGGGUGUGGUCUUCAGAGUAUCACUUUAAGUGAGUAGAUGCUGCCCCCUUGUGGUGAUUCUCAGGCAAUUCCUUGAAGUCCUGGGGUUGUCCAAAACAAUGUAAUCCCAUCCGAAAAUUACAGAAAUUCACUUUGCAGUUUUUUAAAUCUGGUUACCUGGCAUCUGAGAGUGGUCCCAUUGGGGGGGGGUGCAUUUCUUCUUCUCUAACUUAUUAAUAAGUAGGAUUUCUUAACUCUAAAUAUCCUACUAAGAGUGAGGUAAAGGACCAGAUCCUUCUUCCUCCUUCUCCAACUCCUGCCACAAAGAGUAAAGACAGAACCUGGUGAGUAAAAUCAUUUUCUCUCUAAGUCAGCAGAAUGGUCCCUCAAAAAAGGCUAAUGAUCCCUAGAUGCAGACCAGGCCUCAGCAAGCUAACAGCCCAUUCCCAAUAACAGAGAAGGAAAAGAAAUGGAGAAAUGCUUCUCCCAAGAUGGUUGAACUUGAGUCAACCUCACUGGCCUCAAAAACUACAUCAACCAAAUGUAUACACACUCAAUGUUACUCUCUCUCUCCCCUUCCCUUUCUUCUUUUCUCCCUCCAACCAGACUCCUAGCUUACAUGUCUUUUUAUACCCUACUCUUACUAUCUUCCAUGAAGGGUCUAGGCCAAGAGCACCAAGAAGUUGCAGGGUGGGAUGGCAGAAGAUACAUUCUUGAACCCAAACUAUGAGGCAAACAAGUAACAUUCACCCUGGCUCUCUGUGACAUGGUGAACUUUCUAAACCAUUCUCUGCCCACCUAGCUGGACCCCCUCCAGUCUGAAUGCAAAGCUGUCCACUGAGUUCACAUGAAAACCUACGCUUGAGAACUCUAUCACUGGCUCUUUCAUCAGUUCAUCUCAAGCCCCUAUGUCCAUCUUCAUCCAUGCCACUCCACCCAGCCUGCCUCCUCUGUUUGCCCUUUGACAUCUGAAUCCUUCUUUCUCCUUGCAUCUUUCUGAACCUACCGAUUCCAUCGGAGGGCCUGGGUUACCCUGACCCUCUCUAGCCCACAGAUAAUCAAGUGAAAGGAAUGCUGACCUGGGAUUCCAGAGUUGCAUCUCCACACUCCGUUAUCCGCCUGCCAUUUCCAAACUUUCCACUUGUUUUGAGAAUGCAAAAGGCCAAACAGCAGUGAUACCCCAAACAAGACAGGAGGGCCAAAGGGACCCCUGUAGCCACACCGGAUGUCAGAAGGGUCCUCCCAGGACAUGGGUACAAGAAAAGCCUCUCUAGCCGCCUUCUCUCUGCAGGGCCCUUCAGGCCACUGCAGAGAUUGCCUCUGGUGACCAGGGCAUUGGUUACAACGCCAUCUGACCCUGAAAUGUUUCUGUGCCUAUGGCCCCGAAGGAUAAAGGGCAGCUAGGCAUGUCUUCAUCCUGGGGAAACAAUCGGAUCUUUUUUCCAAAAGCCAAAACUGGGGACAAGGGAGGAUGGGAGAAAGAAUACAUAUGCUUCCGUUUAACCUCAGAUGCACCUUUAAAUAUCUCGUUUACAUCUGCCUGGCUUAACACAGAACCCAACUUAUCAGCCAGACUGCCUUUGUAGCCAGAGACUAAUCAGACCUUCUGCCCCUCACAACCAGCUUGCUUCCAGUCAGAGUUGAACAUUAAACAGCGAGGGUCUUAGAUUCAGUUCUGUAGUUCGGAUCAAAUAACUCCAUGAGGCUUUCUAACGGAGCUCCUCAUGGAUGCUUUCUGAAACCUUACAAUGGCCUGAGCAUUUCCUAAGCAAAAUGCAAGGAAGAAAGGGUUAUCUCCCAAAUUGCAGUUUUUAAAGGAAGAAAGAUUCCUUGAAAGCAAGGUGGAGCUGAAGAUUCCUGAGCCUGAGAUUCCAGGCCAAAUUCCUUGGGUUCCCAUCCAUUCAGAUGCACCAUCCCCAUCCCAUCUCUCGUGAAUAAUCAUAAUAUGUGCAUAAUAAAGAAUACAACCGUGUUCUUUUUGUUGUGAUCACCUACACCACUUGACAAGCUGAGGAUGGACUCGGUGACUCAGGGGCAACUGUCUGGUCAGCUUCCGUCUUGAAGCACAGUUGUAUAUGUUUCCUGGGGGGGGGGGACUAGGAGGAACAGAGUUGGAGCAGGAGUGGAUGCUGCAUUUAAUCAUGGAUUUUCCCCCCUACCUCUGAGCUCUUAAUGCUGCUAAGUCUGUGCCAUGCUCCAGCGCCUCUCUCCAGAACUGACUCCUGCUCAGUCUCUGAGGCUCUCCAGGCUGUGUUCUCCGCAUGCACUUAUUCUUCUGGAUAGUUCCAAUCUUCUGGUUUUAUGGAAUUAAAAAAAAAUUAUUCAUGCUUGUUUGCAUUAUGGUUAAAAAUUAAAAAGUGGACCUAACAUCACA